UCACAAGUCACUGGUAUAACCCUCACGAACACACACAGCCCAGUCGUUAAAUCAAUUAUGUCAUAUGAUUGCUUUGCUAGGUGUGUUGGUUACGGUUAACCUUUAGGGUGGAGCUAUAGUCACAUGAGUUUCCAGAAGAGAGAGAGAGAGACUGUGGAGCAAGUGUGUUUGGUCACACGUUUCCCUGACCGUAGAGUGGGGAGUAGUGACGACACGUCAUCUUCUUUUACAGGGUAUUGAGAUGUUCUCAAACGUUCUUGUGGACAGUAUAGUCUCGGAAAUCCCAGACCUGUCGUGAGCAUUGUUCAUAUGGGAGGCAGGCCACCUCGGGAGUUAAGGACAGACCAUUCCUCCCCAUAGCAACUAUGCAUAUAAGUAAUUCCAGAACCAAGAACUCCCCAAAAGACAAGCUCAAUCAAUCACCCAGAAGAUUUACAUUUACAGAAUUUUCACUUUAAUCAUGAUGAUUUAGUGACUUCUUGCCAUUGAGUGAAAACUGACCAGCAAACAUGCUUCAAACAGACUCUGAGUUCACUAAAACACGAUGGAUCUGUACUGUCAUAGGACUGGGCUUUUACCUGGUGGACAUUGUGACAGAUGUGGGACUAGCGGUGAAGUACUUCCUGGUCGGAGACCUGGUCUGGUCUGGACUGACUUUAGUCUUUGUGGUGGUCGGAUCAGCAGUCACGCAGGUCUUCAGUUAUUCCUGGUACAGAGAUGACAUGAGAAAACCCCUCGUUAACUCAGGUAGAGAUGGGCUGAUAUCUGGAAUGAACAGAAGAGGAUUGAUUGGACUCCAUGUCACGCAGACGGGCAUCUUCACCAGGUACUACGACCUGUUGAAGGUGGGAUACAGGGCGGUGUUUUCCGAGCCUCUUGGGCCUGUGGAAUGCCCCAGAGACGUGCACCUAGCCCUGUUUGGCCGAGCGACUGAUCUGAGCAUGCUCAAACUUUUUGAGACGUUCCUUGAGAGCGUUCCACAGCUAGUCCUCCAACUCUACAUUAUGCUGGGUCACGGACACAGGUCCAUACUACAAUGCAUCUGCAUGGUGGGCUCAUUCAUCAACAUCGCCUGGGCUAUAGUGGACUACCGCCGAUGUCUCCGCCGAUCCUUACCCCAGGUACGAGAGAUGCCUUCUGGCCUCCCUACCUUCGUCUAUCUCCUGUACAAGCUGUUGACCAUCACCACUCACAUCCUCAGCCUCAGCCUCUUCCUCGUCCUCAGCCUCUACAGUACCCUGGGAAUGGCUGUCGUCUGGCUGGCAGGAACCGUCUGGGCCCAUUGGGUCCGUACUGACUUCUGUACGUCUAGAGGUCUAGAGAGGCUCUAUCGGAUCAUCGUGGGAGUCGUCCUCAUGUUCACCUUCUUUAACGUGAAAGGACAGGAUACCAGUUGGCCGAUGGCUGUGUACUACGUUCUCUUUGCGUUAGUGAACCUCGCUGGUCCUUUGCUGCUGGUUCUGGUGAGGCCAGAGGUUAACGAUGCUGAGUACUUCUGGCCGGUGACUCUGCUGAUAUUUGGAGGGACAGUUCUAGGGCUGGCCUGUCUGCUCCUGUAUUAUACUAUCUGCCACCCUAGAGGGAAGAGUCUACAGGCAGAUGAGGUGGAUGGACACAUGGGAGGACAGGAGAGGGAAACAGAGACGUCAGACAACACGGUGAGAAUGAGGAACUUCUUACAGCUCUGAGCCUCGUCUUCCUAUUUACCACUUUUGAUUCAAUGGAUGAGUUAAAAUGGCAUUCAGGCAUUCGAAAAGCAAAGUGGACACCCAGACACUUUUGUUUUGGUCCACAGCUUGAGGGAUAGGUUGGAGAAACGCAACUCUGCUAAGACAAACUUUGUUUGUUGGACUGUCUGGUUGGUGAACUCUGACUGUCAUCCUUUUUGGUUAUUAAGUCAUUUCAGCCUUCUCUUAUCAGUUUGUGUUACCUCCAGUCAUACAGCUGCUGUUGUCUUUCCAGAACGCUGCAGCCGUUACCUUGGAAACAUAGGCUUCUUUAAGGUUGUCUUGUGACAUCACAGCAUUUGGUCGUGCUCACGCACCCUCGGGAGAUCAAAGUCUCUUUUCUUCCUCAUCUCCAGUUUCCUGCACCACUCGGAAUGACCUGAACGACCUGAAAGACCUGAACGACCUGAACGACCUGAACGACCUGAACGACCUGAACGACCUGAACGACCUGAUAGACCUGAACGACCUGAACGACCUGAACGACCUGAAAGACCUGAACGACCUGAACGACCUGAUAGACCUGAACGACCUGAUAGACCUGAACGACCUGAACGACCUGAACGACCUGAAAGAC